AUUACAUCAGAUGGUGACAUUUUUUGUAACUUAUUCUUAUGUUCAUCAAGUAGUCUUAUUACGAGAAAAAAAUUGCGGUCAACUAUGGGAAAUAGCAUUUUUAAUAUUUAACGCGUGUUCUUCGAUAAAACAGCCAAGCUGCAGUACUCGCAUUACAAGCAUGCGUACUGAGCAUUGUAAAGUGGCAAGAAGAGGGAAGAUCUCCUUUGUCGUAUUCAUAUCAGUCUACAAUAUGGAUGUUUCAAAAUCCACAGGUUACAAAGAUUUCGUGUGGGCGGUUGAAUUAAAUCAUUUAGGUUUGGGAUUGAUCGGCUUGUGGCCUACAACCAAUAAUGCCGUGAAAAGAAGGAUUGAACUUGACAUUCGCGUGGGUUUUAUUCUCAUUUUGAUGAUAUUUAUUUCCGGUGUUCCGUCUGUAUGUGCGCUUGUGCGUGUUUGGGGCGAUUUGGAGUUAAUGAUAGACAACUUACGAAUUACAUUACCUUUAUUCGUAGUUGCGCUGAAACUUGUUAUUAUGCGAUGGAAACAAACAGUUCUUUCAUCCAUAUUAAACAUGAUGGCGGAAGAUUGGAUAGUGUCAAAGCUAAGCGCUGAGAGAAAUAUAAUGAUGAAAUAUGCGCGGACUGCUCGAUUAUUCGCAAUUUAUACAUAUGUUGUGACGGUAUCUUCGUUCGCUUUGGCCAUCAUUCCUCCAUGCGCUGGUCUACCAUUCAGAUAUCUGACAAACCUUACAGAUCGGAACAAACCAUUACCGAUACAGACAUAUUAUUUCUAUGAUACAGAUAAGAGUCCACAGUUCGAGUUGACAUUUCUUAUUCAAGCCUUAACGAUACUGCUGGCUCUAUUCGUCUAUCUGUCGGUAGAUGGUUUUCUUGGACUCGUCAUUCUUCACGUUUGUGGUCAAUUAGAAAAUUUAAGACAUCGAUUAGCCAAUUUGGUCUCAGGCAAAGAUUUUGACAGAGCACUGAGUGGUAACAUUACGAUACACAUAAGAAUCAUUAGGUUUGCCUAUAACAUCGAAGAUAUAUUUACUUUUAUGAUGCUUGGAUUGAUAUUAUAUUUUGCUAUUAUAUUUUGUCUAUAUGGAUUUCAAUCGUUAAUUAUGAUUACAGAAGGAAAAAUAAAUGAUGCGGGUAUCUUACGAGUAAGCUACAUAGUAUUUGUUGUUGUAAUUCUAUUUACACAAAUGUUUCUCUAUUGUUAUGUCGGAGAGCUGAUAACAGAAAAAUGUGAAGAAAUAUAUCGUGCUUUAUGCGAUCUUAAGUGGUACAAACUGGAAUCGAGUCAAGCGAAAAAUCUUAUUAUAUUAAUGAUACGAAUCCAGAAACCUCUUCGUCUUACUGCAGGAAGAAUUGUUCCGCUAACAAUAACUACUUUCUGCAGCUUUGUAAAAACCUCGGUUGGAUAUAUAUCGUUUUUGUUGGCGCAUGCCUGA